AUGGAAAACUCUCUCAAAAUUUUGUAAUCAUUCACUAGGGACUCAACUGAUUCUCAAUUCACAACAAUGUGGAGAUUAAUACUUCUUUCUGAUGGAUCUAACACAAAGAACUUGGAAAGCAUAACCUAAGAGACAGUCAAAACAGAGGUUGUUUCUGAAGAAGACAUAUUAAACGAAUAAAAAGCAUUGGCAAACGAAAGCCUACUUUUUAAUAUUUUUGAAAAUAAGACUUUUUCUGAUAGUGAGUUAGUUAAGAGAGUCGUUAUCUUAAAUUCUAAAUAACAGCCUUUGGUGUAUGCAAGAUCAUAUUGGCCCAAGGCAAAGUAUGAGCAAGUGAUGAAAAACAAGCAGGUAGCUAUUGGACAUAAUAUGACUCAAGCAAAAUUGGAGUAUUUUAGAGAGAUAAAGUCGAUAAACACAGUUUUGUGGGAUGAUAAAUUAAAUUCAUAUAAUGGAGAAGGUAAUGACCAAAAAGAGAACUUUGCAAGAGGGUACAUUAUUUACAAGAAUGGAGAACCCAUGACAUACAUAGAGGAGUUUUUCACUCACUAAAUAAACAAAUUUUUGAACUGA